CGGAACAGGGCACGUGAAACCAAACAGCGCAGCAUCCAGUGGGAUACAAUGAAAGCUGUUAAAUAAUUUAAGUGUUCUCUGUCAGCAAAAAUAAAUAAAUAAAUAAUAAUAAAACAGGAUGGGAGUGGACAUUCUUUCGGUGUUAAAAAGCUGCUCUCAAAUGCUCAGUGUAAUGGCACAGUCUCUGUCAAACGGAGAGGCUACGCGUUAUUGCACCUCGUCUUUCUGAAGUGUUGGACCUACAUCUACAACUCAUCAUGGCUCUGAUUGUCCACCUCAAAUCGGUGACAGAUCUCAGAGCUAAGGGGGACAAGAUCGCCAAGGUGGCAUUUAGAGGGCUCUCAUUUUAUACACGGGUUCUGGAAAACUGUGAAGAUGAAGCAAGAUUUGACGAGACUUUCCGAUGGCCCGUUGCCAGUAACAUUGAUGGGAAUGAGAUGCUUGAAAUCCACGUGUUCAACUACAGCAAAGUUUUUACAAAUAGGCUCAUUGGGACGUUCCGGAUGGUGUUGCAGAAGGUGGUGGAAGAAGCACAGCUAGAAGUGUCAGACACAUUAAUAGAUGACAACAACACCCCCAUUCGGACAUGUGUUACCAUAGAGAUCAAAUACCAGACUAUGGAUGGUACCGUGGCUGCCUGGAACGACAGCGAGUUCCUGGACGAUCCCAAUCGAUCAGAAAACGACGGGGCCUUUCAGUUUGAGACGGACAGCCUGUUGUCAGGACACAGCCAGGGCUCUGCAGUGUCUCCAGGGCGCUCCCACCUGAGCCUUCACUCAGGAGAGAGGUCUUUCAGAAAAGUAGGUAAGGGAGUGUUUUCAGCCAUGAAGCUGGGCAAGACACGUUUACCAAAAGAAGACCACAAAAACAGAGAUGAGGCCGCAAUUUUGGAAACGGAGGACUUGGACAGGAAGGCCAUGCGUUUGGGGGGAGGGCUGGAUCCGGAUACCAUUUCACUGGCCUCCGUCACUGCAGUCACCACCAACGUCUCCAAUAAGAGAUCCAAACCUGAUAUUAAAAUGGAGCCCAGUGCUGGGAGACCAAUGGAUUACCAAGUUAGUAUUACCAUUAUUGAGGCACGUCAGCUGGUGGGUUUGAAUAUGGAUCCAGUCGUUUGUGUUGAGAUUGGUGACGACAAGAAAUACACAUCAAUGAAGGAAUCUACAAGCUGCCCUUAUUACAAUGAGUACUUUGUUUUUGAGUUCCAUGUGCCUCCUGAUGUCAUGUUUGACAAAAUUCUAAAGCUCUCAGUAAUACAUUCCAAAAACCUCCUGCGCAGCGGUACCUUGGUUGGCACAUUCAAGCUUGACAUAGGCACUGUCUACUCACAGCCUGAACACCAGUUCUACCAUAAGUGGGCAAUCCUCUCUGACCCUGAUGACAUCACUGCAGGGGUGAAAGGUUACAUAAAGUGUGACCUUGCUGUGGUUGGAAAAGGAGACAACAUUAAAACCCCACACAAAGCCAACGAGACCGAUGAGGAUGAUAUAGAAGGGAACCUCCUUCUGCCAGAAGGGGUCCCCUCAGAGAGGCAAUGGGCCCGCUACUACAUCAAGAUCUACCGAGCUGAGGGGCUUCCAAAGAUGAACACCAGUAUUAUGGCUAAUAUGAAGAAAGCUUUUAUAGGAGAAAACAAAGACCUGGUGGACCCAUACGUGCAAGUCCUGUUUGCAGGACAAAGGGGAAAGACAUCAGUCCAGAAGAGCAGUUAUGAGCCAAUAUGGAAUGAACAAAUCAUAUUUACAGAAAUGUUUCCACCUCUCUGUAAGAGAAUGAAAAUUCAGAUACGAGAUUCAGACAAAGUAAACGAUGUAGCCAUAGGAACACAUUUUAUUGACCUGAGAAAGAUUUCUAAUGAUGGAGAUAAAGGUUUUCUUCCCACACUGGGUCCAGCCUGGGUGAACAUGUAUGGUUCUACCCGCAACUACACUCUGAUGGACGAGCACCAGGACCUGAACGAGGGCUUGGGGGAAGGCGUCUCCUUCAGGGCCCGCCUGCUCCUCAGCAUCGCUGUGGAGAUCCUAGACACCGCCUCCACUGAGAUCAUGAGCACCACUGAGGUCCAGCUGGAGCAGAUCCAGAACAUCUCUGAGUAUGUCACCGGAAAAAUUGAAGAGUUCUUCCUCUUUGGAGCCUUCCUGGAAGCGACCAUGAUUGACAGAAAGAUUGGAGAUAAGCCGAUCAGUUUCGAAGUUACAAUAGGUAACUAUGGAAAUCAGAUCGAUGGUGUGAACAAGCCGACCAUACACAGGAAGAAGAAAGAUGGGGGAGACGGUGAUGAGGACGAGUCUGAGCUCCUUCAGAACUCCAGUGAGGAUGAGGCUGAAGAUGAUGGAGACCUGGUGUCUGUCUCCACAACUCCUCCAAUGAAACCUGUUAUCACUGACAGGAAUUAUUUCCAUUUACCUUAUUUUGAAAAUAAGCCCUGUAUCUACAUUAAGAGUUGGUGGCAGGACCAAAGGAGAAGACUCUACAAUGCCAAUAUAAUGGACAAAAUCGCAGACAAGCUGGAGGAAGGGCUGAAUGAUGUCCAGGAGAUUAUAAAAACUGAGAAAGCCUUUCCAGAACGUAGACUACGGGGUGUUUUGGAGGAAUUAGGAAACGGCUGCAGCCGUUUUGUGACACUUGCUAACAAGGACCAGAACCAGACUGGAAGGACAAAGCUAGACAGAGAGAGGCUUAAGUCCUGCAUGAGAGAGCUGGAGAACAUGUCCACACAGGCGAAGAUCAUCCGUUCCCAAGUGAAGAAGAACACAGUGAAGGACAAGCUGAAACUGAUCCAGAACUUCCUGCAGAAGCUGCGCUUCCUCGCUGAUGAGCCUCAACACAGCAUCCCUGAUGUCUACAUCUGGAUGAUGAAUAACAACAAGCGCAUUGCCUACGCUCGGGUCCCAUCCAAAGACAUCCUGUACUCCAUUGUGGAUGAAGAAAGUGGCAAGGACUGUGGAAAAGUCAAGACUGUCUUUCUGAAGUUGCCUGGUAAGAAAGGCUUUGGUCCUGCAGGCUGGACGGUGCAGGCUAAAACAGAGCUGUACCUCUGGCUCGGCCUCAACAAGCAGCGCAAGGAUUUCCUGAGCGGCCUUCCUAAUGGCUUCGAGGAGAACAAAGCAGUCAAGGGCCCUGGUCUGCAGUCUUUUCCACCCAUCAGCCUAACCUACAUCAUGAAGCAGGAGUUCCAGCUAAGAGUGCACAUGUACCAGGCCCGCAGCCUUUUUGCAGCAGACAGCAGUGGCCUGUCGGACCCCUUCGCCAGGGUCUUCUUUUCCACACACAGCCAGUGCACUGAGGUCUUAAAUGAGACUCUAUGUCCCACUUGGGACCAGCUCCUGGUGUUCGAUAAUGUAGAACUGUACGGGGAGGCCUGUGAACUAAGAGAUGACCCUCCGAUCAUUGUCAUUGAGAUCUAUGACCAGGACACUGUGGGAAAAGCUGAAUUCAUUGGCAGAACAUUUGCCAAGCCCAUCACAAAGAUGUCUGACGAGCACUACGGACCUCCACGCUUCCCCCCUCAGCUAGAAUACUACCAGAUCUACCGGGGGAACUGCAUCGCUGGAGACCUGCUAGCAGCAUUCGAGCUCCUCCAGGUUCCUUAUAAUGAAGAGGAGAUUAGAAGAGCUUUACUGGCUGUCAAUGAUUUUGCUGUGCCAGAGAUUAAGAUUGGGCCUGCUGGAAAGGCUGACCUCCCUCCCAUUGACGGCCCCACUGAUUCGGAGAGAGGUCCCAUUCUUCCUGUUCCUAUGGGCAUCCGGCCGGUCCUGAGCAAGUACAGGAUUGAGGUGUUGUUCUGGGGUCUGAGAGACCUGAAGAGAGUGAACCUGGCCCAGGUGGACAGACCCCGAGUGGACAUUGAGUGUGCAGGGAAAGGGGUCCAGUCAGCUCUCAUCCAGAACUACAAGAAAAACCCCAACUUCAGCACUCUUGUCAAGUGGUUUGAAGUUGACCUCCCAGAGAAUGAGCUUCUUCACCCUCCUCUGAACAUUCGAGUGGUGGACUGCCGUGCCUUUGGGAGGUACACCUUGGUGGGAUCACACGCGGUUAGUUCACUCCGCAAAUUCAUCUACAGGCCUCCAGACAAGACGGCGAGCAACUGGUCCACUGCAGCUAAGCUGAUGAGUGGCUGCCUGGCACUGACAAACGGGGGCCCAUACUCUCGUCCCACAGGUGAAAUAAUAGUGAACAUGGAACCCGAGCCUCGUAUCAAGAAGAUGGAAACAUGUGUCAAGCUGGACUCUAGCUCUGAUGCUGUUGUUAAAGUUGAUGUGCCUGAAGAAGACAAGGAGAAGGAAAAGAAAAAGAAGAAGAAGAAAGGCGACGAGAUUGAGGAGGAAGAGCCUGAUGACAGCAUGCUGGACUGGUGGUCCAAAUACUUUGCCUCCAUUGAGACCUUGAAAGAACAACUGAGAGCACAAGAAGCAGCUGCUGCUGAAGCAGAAGAGAAGGAAGACAUGGAGAUAGCAGCAGAGGGCACAGAGAUCAAACCUGAUGAAUCUCAUGUGAAAGGCUCGAAGGGAAAGGAGAAGAGCAAGGAUAAGGGCAAAGGCCCCAAGGAGGACAAGAAGAAGAAGCAGCAACAUGGUGAUAUGUUGGAGAAGAGCAACAAGCAGAAGAUCGAUGAGCUACAUGUGUACAACAAAGAACUGGAACAUGAAUGUGAUAACUUUGAGGACUGGCUGCACGCUUUUAACCUGUACAGAGGAAAGAUCGGAGAUGAUGAUGACAACGUGACAGACGAGGAAAGGAUUGUUGGAAGAUACAAGGGCUCUCUGUGUGUAUAUAAAGUCCCGCUUCCAGAGGAUGUGACCAAGGAGGUUGGCUUUGACCCCAACUUUGGCAUGUUCCAAGGAAUCCCAAACAACGAUCCAGUCAACGUACUAGUCAGAGUGUAUGUGGUCAGGGCCACAGAUUUGCACCCUGCUGACAUCAAUGGAAAAGCUGACCCCUAUGUUGUUAUCAAACUAGGGAAAACUGAAAUCAAAGACAAAGAAAACUACAUUUCUAAACAGCUAAACCCCAUUUUUGGAAAGUCCUUUGAUAUUGAAGCCACCUUCCCGAUGGAGUCCAUGCUAACAGUCUCUAUCUAUGACUGGGAUUUAGUUGGAUCUGACGAUCUCAUUGGGGAAUCAAAAAUUGACCUGGAGAAUCGAUACUACAGCAAGCAAAGGGCAACCUGUGGCAUCGCACAGAGUUAUUCCAUCCAUGGAUACAAUGCCUGGAGGGACCCCAUGAAGCCCACCCAGAUCCUGACGAAGCUCUGUAAAGAGGGCAAGGUGGACGGACCUCACUUUGGACCAGGAGGGAGAGUUAAAGUGGCAAACAGAGUGUUCCUGGGACCAACUGAGCUGGAAGAUGAAAACGGGCUGAAGAAGCACACAGAUGAGCACCUGGCCCUGAUUGCCCUCCAGCACUGGGAGGACAUCCCUCGCGUCGGCUGUAAACUCAUUCCAGAGCAUGUGGAGACCAGGCCUCUCCUCAACCCUGACAAGCCAGGGAUCGAGCAGGGGCGUGUUGAGAUGUGGGUGGACAUGUUCCCCAUGGAUAUGCCAGCACCAGGGCCUGCCAUUGACAUUUCACCCAGGAAACCAAAGAAAUAUGAACUCAGAGUCAUUAUCUGGAAUACGGACGAGGUCAUUCUCGAAGACGAUGAUUACUUCACUGGAGAAAAAUCCAGUGACAUUUUUGUACGGGGCUGGUUGAAAGGACAGCAGGAGGACAAACAGGACACUGACGUCCACUAUCACUCACUGACCGGCGAAGGAAACUUCAACUGGCGUUAUAUCUUUCCCUUUGACUAUCUGCUUGCUGAGGAGAAGAUUGUCAUCUCCAAGAAAGAGUCCAUGUUCUCCUGGGAUGAGACUGAGUAUAAGAUUCCCGCCCGGCUCACCCUGCAAGUGUGGGACGCGGAUCAUUUCUCUGCUGACGACUUCCUAGGGGCGAUCGAACUGGACCUGAACCGAUUUCCUCGGGGGGCUAAAACAGCAAAGCAGUGCUCUAUAGACAUGGUGCUGAAUGAGCAGGAACUGCCUACUAUUUCCAUCUUCAAACAGAAAAGGGUCAAGGGCUGGUGGCCCUUUGUAGCCCGGAAUGAGAAUGAUGAAAUGGAACUCACGGGUAAAGUGGAGGCAGAGCUGCAACUCUUAACUGCAGAAGAAGCUGAGAAGAGCCCCGCCGGUCUAGCCCGUAACGAGCCAGAGCCCUUGGAGAAACCAAACCGACCUGACACCUCUUUCAUCUGGUUCCUCAGCCCGCUUAAGUCCAUCAAGUACCUCAUCUGCACCCGCUACAAGUGGCUCAUCAUUAAGAUAGUGCUUGCUUUGUUGCUGCUGGCUAUGCUGGGUCUCUUCCUCUACAGCAUGCCAGGCUACAUGGUCAAGAAAUUGCUGGGAGCGUGAACGGGCAGCAGCGAUGGCUUGCUGGGUGGCACCUCUCACCACCCUGUGUCCGUCCCUGCAGUCCAGUCUUGCUCACCAUGGACACUCCCUGUGGCUGGAAUUUUAGUUUUUCUCAUUUUCAUAACCAAAAACAUAUAACGCCUAUGCCCUGAAUAGAUUUCAUACAAGGCACUAACACUGCUUUCCCUGCAUUAACUUCCUAUAUGCUUUACAAAAUGCAUUUCGCAGACCUAUCUACCAUUUCACGGAAAGCAGCCCAGACUUGUUGCACAAACCUACUCUCUUCAGCUCUUGCACAACUUGACAUGCUUACCAUUUAUAGUACUUGGGGUGGAGGUGUGGGGUUCUUAUGCAUGUUUAAAUAUGGACAAAUAUUUAAAUGAAGGUAAAAGUUUCAAAGAAUGUCAUGCACUUAAAAAAAAAAACCUGUUUACAAGGUCUAUUUUAGUAUGUUAAAUGCAAGGUGUCCUUUUGAUUUCAAGAUAUUGUCGCUAUUUACAUAUUAAGACAUAAUUUCACUUGGUCAGUGCUUAUCAUUAAUGAACAAACAUACAAUUAAAUACAAAUGACUAGAUGAAAUGUGAUACUUUCCAAUGUGUUUCUCCCAACACCAAGCGUGAUUAAUCAUGGAUAGGCCACUUACUGUAUUUUAAGUUUUGCUUGUCUUGUAGACAAUAUUAUUUUGAUUGGGGUUUUCUUUCUCAUCAUAGUUGUCAUCUGAAUGUAAACACAACAUGACAGAAGUUAUUGUGGAAAGAAAGUCAUAGUGGAAAAAUCCGGUUCUCCCGAUUGCAGUGUAGAACUUCGGCAUUCAUUCUACAAUGACCUUGUGUUCACUAAGCGUCAUCAUCUUUUGUUUUUAAAGCAUACACAAAAACGGGAGAAAUCAAACAAAAAAAAAAAACAUUUAUUAUCUUGGUAAACCUUAAUGACCAUUUCAGGCAGAGUAAGGAAAACCGGCAGUGUAAAACUCCCAUGUCAUGUUAAUCUGUCUUGAUUUGCAGUGUGCGGUUCCUUAGUGUGCUGUUGUUUGUAGUUAUCUACGAUUAGUAUUUUAAGCCUUUAUUUUGUUUUUAUUUAUUUAUUUAUUUAUUUGAUUGGAUUUGUGUUUACUUCAAAUAAUUGGUUUGCACUUUUUUCUGUAUUUAGAAUUAUCGGUUUUACAGCGUGCAAUAUUUGGUGUUCUGUGUUUGUUGUUUGUCUAUGUUAAAUGAUGAUAUCAUGAUAAAUAAAUGCUUGACCUGUCUCACCAGUCGCCCCAAUACCAGUCUGUCCUGGAUGCUGAAUCCCUUGCGAAUCAUCUGUAUUCUAGUCUGGAGAAACUACAAGUGGCCCUUAUUGGGAU